UUACGAUUCAGAACAGUGUCUUUCUUUCAGUGAGGAGUCAAUGUGAAAUACUACACUGGGUUCUACUACUUUGUCUUCAUUCUCAUACCCACUAGAAGAGGGGAUCUUCUACUUUUGAGGGAACUAUUCUGGCUGUAGGAGCAUCUGCUGUUGCCUGCGUUACUUUGAUCUCGCCCCGCUGACACUGUGACCAGCUAACAGUGUUUAUGGUUCAAGCCUUUUCUAUAUACACACAUGCAGUUUCAGCACUGACACACUGGACAUGCAGAGAAAAAACAGAAAAGGUAUGCCACCCAAAGUGUCACAUUGCAGUUUAACACAGUGGACAGUGCCAGGCCUCACAGGCCCUUGCUAAAGUCAGAGAUGUUGAGCCAGGAUGACCCCAAAUCACGCCCAAUGCUAGAACUCCGUGAGAAGCUCCAGCCAGAGGUGAUCGAGCUGAUUAAACAGCAGAGGUUGAACCACCUGUGUGAGGGCACAUGCUUUAGGAAGAUCAGUGCUCGUCGCAGACAAGACAAGUUCUGGUAUUGCCGUCUAUCACCAAACCACAAAGUGUUACACUAUGGAGAUAUAGAGGAGUUCUCACAAGGACAAAUAUCCCACGACUCUCUCCAAGAGAAAGUGACAGUAGCAGAUAUCAAAGCAGUGGUCACCAGUAAAGACUGCCCACACAUGAGGGAGAAAGGAGCACUUAAGAAUAAGGAGCUGCUGGAGCUGGCUUAUUCCAUUCUUCAUAACUCUGAUGAAUAUCUGAACUUCAUUGCUCCGGACAAGCGUGAAUACUGCAUUUGGACUGAUGGCUUGAAUGCUCUUUUGGGAAAAGAGAUGACAAGUGAGCUCACAAAAUCAGAUAUGGACACUCUGGUUACUAUGGAGCUGAAACUUCGCCUUUUGGACCUCGAAAACAUUCAGAUUCCUGACGUCCCUCCUCCUGUUCCCAAAGAGCCCAGCACUUACGACUUUGUUUAUGACUUUAGUCAGCAGCACACUUGAGACUGGAAUAAAGCCCUUACUCAUGCUGAUAAUCAGCUGUAAGUAAAGAGUGCUCAC